CCUUUGCGCGCGAUCUCAAUUCGAAAGUUGUUGGGGCGAUCAAGUCAAUUCACUUCCAUUUUCCGUUGCUCGUGACGUUCAUGGCAUAAAGCAACUUCCAUAUACACCCACUCGCUGUUUCAUGUCCACGCGCCCUCAUAGAAAUGGUCCCGUUCCUCUUCGUCCACUGAUCAAAGCAAAGAUCAGAGAGAGUGAGGCCACCAGCAGCCACCAAAAGAAUCCUCCAAUUUCAAUUUUGGGGGGGGUGGGGGUUAGGGUUAUCCCUAAUCCAAAUUGUCGGUGAUCCUCGUCCGGAUUUUGAGCAGGGAAGCGAGAGAUGGGCAUCAAUUCGAUAUCCUCGGAAUCCAACAUCGAUCUGGAUGAGCAGAUCUCUCAGCUCAUGCAGUGCAAGCCACUCUCCGAACAGCAGGUUAGAGUAUUAUGCGAGAAGGCCAAGGAAAUUCUAAUGGAAGAAAGCAAUGUCCAGCCUGUGAAAAGCCCUGUGACAAUUUGUGGCGAUAUUCAUGGGCAGUUUCAUGACCUUGCAGAACUUUUUCGAAUUGGAGGGAAGUGUCCGGAUACUAAUUACUUGUUUAUGGGAGAUUAUGUGGACCGUGGAUAUUAUUCUGUUGAAACUGUGACGCUUCUGGUGGCGCUGAAAGUGCGUUAUCCUCAGCGAAUUACUAUUCUUAGAGGAAACCAUGAAAGUCGUCAGAUUACUCAAGUUUAUGGAUUUUAUGAUGAAUGCCUACGAAAGUAUGGCAACGGUAAUGUUUGGAAGAUCUUCACAGAUCUUUUUGACUAUUUUCCAUUGACUGCAUUGGUUGAGUCUGAAAUAUUUUGUCUGCAUGGUGGAUUAUCUCCUUCUAUUGAAACCCUUGACAACAUACGGAAUUUUGAUCGUGUUCAAGAGGUCCCUCAUGAAGGGCCUAUGUGUGAUCUGUUAUGGUCUGACCCAGAUGACCGAUGUGGUUGGGGUAUUUCACCUCGUGGUGCUGGUUAUACUUUUGGCCAGGAUAUAUCUGAACAAUUCAAUCACACCAACAGCCUAAAGUUGAUUGCUAGAGCUCACCAGCUGGUUAUGGAUGGAUUUAACUGGGCCCAUGAGCAAAAGGUAGUUACUAUAUUUAGUGCACCUAAUUACUGCUAUCGUUGUGGGAACAUGGCUUCAAUUUUGGAAGUUGACGACUGCAAGAACCACACUUUCAUCCAGUUUGAGCCAGCUCCAAGGAGAGGAGAACCAGAUGUGACUCGUAGAACACCCGAUUACUUCUUAUAAAUCAGCUGGUUUUUUUGGUCAUCGUUAGUAAAAGUUUCUUGUUUCUGCGUUAGAAUUUUAUCAGUCAUCCACCUGAUGCAUUUGCUGGUGGUUGUGGUAUUCUGAUGGAGAUGUAUCAUAGACCGGGAGGUUAUAUUGCCCAAUGAUUUGUCUUACAGUGAAAACCUUACUGGAUAUCAAGUCAAGAGAGAUUGCCUAGAUUAUCAAUCAGUGCCAAAGUCGUGUAUGUCCAGCAAAAUAUGUCGAUAUGCUUUUGCUUUUUGUUUUCCAUUUUUCGUGCUUUUGUAUUUUGUUUUUUUCCUUCUUUACCUUUUUUCUUUUUCGGAGUGGUAAAUGACAUUCAUAUUAGUGGAUGUUUUGUUAUCUUAUUCAGUUACUUUUUCUUCA